ACAUUCGUAGCUAGAAAGCUACAUUCUCACAACUCUUCACCAUCUCUCUCUGUAAAAAUCUGAACAAAACUCUUUCCAAGUUCGAUCAAGAAAACCAAGAACGAUGCCUAAAGACAGGAAGAUCGGAAUCGCGAUGGAUUUCUCAGAGAGCAGCAAGAACGCACUCAAAUGGGCCAUCGAGAACUUAGCUGACAAAGGAGACACACUUUACAUCAUCCAUACACUACCAACCUCUGAAGCUGAAUCUCGUAACGCCCUCUGGCUCGAAUCCGGUUCUCCUCUCAUACCGUUGGUUGAGUUUAGGGAACCGAAGAUCAUGGAGAACUACGGUGUCAAGAUCGACAUCGCAUGUCUUGACAUGCUCGACACUGGUUCAAGGAAGAAAGAGGUGCAUGUAGUGACAAAACUAUACUGGGGAGAUGCAAGAGAGAAGCUCGUUGAUGCUGUUAAAGAACUCAAACUUGAUUCUAUUGUCAUGGGAAGCAGAGGACUCAGUGCCCUUCAAAGGAUAAUAAUGGGAAGCGUGAGCAGCUUUGUGAUCGACCACGCGCCUUGCCCUGUCACCAUUGUCAAGGAUAACUAAAAAGAGAUGGCUUUAUCUCAUAUGUUCUGCCAAAAAUAAUGUCGCAAUUUAUGUUUUUAAUAAAAGAACCUUUUUUCUUGGUUGUGUUUGUUCUAUUUAAAAUAAUAUCAAUAUAUGAAAUCCCAUAGUAGUUUUUUCUUUCUU